AUGCCCAAGUGCCCCAAGUGUGACAAGGAGGUGUACUUCGCUGAGAGGGUGACGUCCUUGGGGAAGGACUGGCAUCGACCCUGCCUCAAGUGUGAGAAAUGUGGAAAGACGCUGACGUCUGGGGGCCAUGCCGAGCAUGAGGGCAAGCCCUACUGUAACCACCCCUGCUAUGCGGCCAUGUUCGGGCCCAAAGGCUUUGGGCGAGGAGGAGCUGAGAGCCACACGUUCAAGUAA